AUGGCGUCAGCCGACGCGAUCGACGCUGCCAUGGAGGGCGCGACCAAGCCCCCGGAGGGUGUCGUUCUGCCUCCCAAAGAAAUCCGCGGCAUCGUCGAGAAGACGGCGGGCUAUGUCGCUCGCAACGGCGCAGUGUUCGAAGACCGCAUCCGCGAGAAAGAAACCUCCAACCCCAAGUUCUCCUUCCUGAAGCAGGGCGAUGCCUACAACCCAUACUACGCGUGGCGCGUCAGUGAGAUCAAGCAAGGCCGAGGAACCGCAGUCUCAGCGGGACGGGUCGGUGAGGUCUCGCAGACGCCGAAGCCCACGGGCCCGCCAGAACCACCGCAGUUUCACUUCUCCGCACGUAUGCCAAACAUCAGCGCGCAGGAUCUGGAGGUGGUGAAACUAACUGCUCUCUUUACCGCAAAGAAUGGUCGCUCGUUCCAGACGCAGUUGGCGCAGCGUGAAGCCAGUAAUUACCAGUUCGAUUUCUUGCGCCCGCAGCACAGCCUCUACCAGUUCUACAGUCGCUUGGUGGAACAGUACAAGGAGCUCUUGGAGGGAAUGAUGGUGGAAGAUGGCAAGCCGGAGAAGGAAAGAGUGGCGCAGCUGCAGGAGAACUCGACGAACAGGUUUCACAUGCUGGACAAGGCGAGGGAUCGCGCCGAAUGGGUCAAGUACCAGGAGCAGCAGAAGCAAAAGAAGGAGGAGGCCGACGAGAAGGACAGGAUGGCAUACGCCGAGAUUGACUGGCACGACUUUGUCGUCGUCGAGACGGUCCUCUUCACCGAGGCCGACGACCAGACGGAGCUGCCGCCUCCCCCGUCACUCUCAGACCUGCAGUCGGCGUCACUGGAGCAAAAGGCCGCCAUGUCGCUCGCGCCGCACAACAUGCGCAUCGAGGAAGCCAUGCCGACCGACGAUGAGACGGCCAACUACUACAACCAGACGGCGCCUCCGGUACAGAUGCCGCCCCAGCAGCUGCCAUACAGCCCGCAGCCGCCCAUGACGCCGGCGUUUGCGCCUCCCCCGGCCCCGGCCCAAGAGACCGACGAAGAGCGCUUCAUCCGCGAGAGAGCCGAGCAGCGCGACCGCGCGCAGCAGGCCCAGGCCGCGGCCAAGAGCGCGCCCGGCCAGAUGAAGAUCAGGUCCGACUACGUGCCCCGCGCGCAGGCGAAGCGCCAGAAUGUGCAGAUGGCCCUGUGCCCCAACUGCAAGCAGCAGAUUCCGUUCGACGAGCUGCAGCAGCACAUGCGAAUCGAGCUCCUCGACCCCCGCUGGAAAGAGCAAAAAGCAAAGGCCGACUCGCGCUACGCGACGACCAACCUCUCGACCUCGGACGUGGCCAACAACCUCAAGCGCCUGGCGUCGCAGCGCAGCGACGUCUUCGACCCCGUCACGGGCCAGCAGAUCUCGCCCGAGGAGGAGGAGCGCCGCAAGCGCGCCGCCACGAGCUACAGUGGCCAGCCUGGCGCUAAUGACGCUGCUCGUCUUGCUCAGAUGCAGGGCAUGAAUGUCGAGGAGCAGAUUAGGCAGAUUCACCAGAAGUAUAGGCAGUGA